AUGGCGGAAACCGAAACAGAGCUCCGCAACGGCGAUCCAGAGGAAUGGGAGAAGCGAACCCUAAACCUAAUCAAGGGCUCCGAAAUCGAUCAAGAGUUUUCGGCCCUGAAAUCCAAGAAGACUGGACGAAAGAAUCGGCACAAGAUCAAGAAAAUGAACAAGCCGAUGAUGCUUCCUUGCACCCUUCUUGAAUUCAUGGAUGAUGAUCUCCGAGAGGCAGCAAUUCGAUAUCUCAGUACUUUCUUGAUCGAGAGAAGAGAGGAAAAUAUGGACAAUUAUGACAGGGCUGGAUUUCUGAUUUUUCAUUCUUUUGGUACAAUGACCAUACUGUUGCAGGAAGUAGUGGAAUUUAUUUGGAAAAUGGACAAUGAUCCACUGGAGGUACGAUCAAUCAAGCGCCUUGCAAAUGUUCUGACCAUGUUUCAGUGUGUCGCAGCUAACAGUGAGACCAGGCAGAAGUUUAUUGAUUCCUCUAUACCAAACUUCUUGAUUCCUUUGAUCCAGUGUACAAAUGAAAUUGAACUAUUUGAUAAUAUCCGUGCAAUUGCACUCUCAGUCCUUGGAAUUUUAUGCCAGGCCAGAGAACCAACUGUUAUCAAGUGGGCCAUAGAGAGUAAUAUGUUGGAUGUUUGUAGUUACAUUAUUGAUAAAGGAAGUGAGCUUACGAAAGUGAUUUCAAUGCACAUUCUUGAGGCUAUACUUCAAGACAGUUUUGGGAUACAACAUAUUUGCAAUCCUAUCAGUGAUCAUAUACUGAAAGCACUGAUCAGGGGAUGGGACCAGCUGGUCACUCUCCUGGCAGCAGACCAAGAUUUCUCACCUCGUCUUCUGUUCCAUAUCAUCCGAUGCUAUAUUUUGCUUUCUACUAACAAGAGAGGAUAUAACAUUGUGAUGGAAAACCUACCACAAGCCAUCCUGAACAAUUCUUUCAAGGAUAUGAUAGAAGAGUUCCCAGUUCUCAAGAACUUGCUUGAUCAACUGUACAAGAUUAUGACCAACUAGCAAAGCUCUCUCACUCUCAGACUUGGAACGAGGAGUUGGCCAAACAUGGCAAAGGGUAUAUACAAGGUGGCAGACC